UGCGGGCGGGCGCUGGCGCGGAGCGUUACCGGCGGCAGCGAGCGGCCGCCAUGGGGCGGUACUCGGGCAAGACGUGCCGCCUCAUCUUCAUGCUGGUGCUCACCGUCGGCUUCUUCGUGGCCGAGCUGGUGUCCGGAUACCUGGGCAACUCCAUCGCGCUGGUGUCCGACUCCUUCAACAUGCUCUCGGACCUCAUCUCCCUCUGCGUGGGGCUCUCCACCGGGCGCAUCGCCCGCCGCAGCAGCCGCGGUCCCCGCGCCACCUACGGCUACAGCCGGGCCGAGGUGGUGGGAGCGCUCAGCAACGCCGUCUUCCUCACCGCCCUCUGCUUCACCAUCCUCGUGGACUCCAUCCUCCGCCUCGCCCGGCCCGAGCCCAUAGACGACGCCCAGCUGGUGCUCAUCGUCGGCACCCUCGGCCUCGCCGUCAACGUCGUGGGGCUCCUCGUCUUCCAGGACUGGGGCGCCUGCUGCCGCCGGAGACGCCCGUCCGCUCGUCCGCCCGCGGCCGCCGCGCUGCGGGACGUGCCCGGUGGCAGCCCGAACGGCGAGGCAGAUGAAGCAGGUGAUUCACCAAAUGACCAAAAGAGCCCUGAAGAGGGGUCAGAGAAGAAAAAAGAGAAAAAGUCUGAAGCAUUGAACAUCAGAGGUGUUCUUUUGCAUGUUAUGGGAGAUGCACUUGGAUCUGUGGUCGUGGUAGUUACUGCUACUAUCUUCUAUGUACGUCCUCUGGGGGCUGCUUCGUGUAAUUGGCAGUGCUACAUUGAUCCAAGCCUGACAAUAAUUAUGGUGUUCAUCAUCCUGUCUUCUGCAUUCCCACUAAUAAAGGAGACCUCAGCUAUUUUGUUGCAGAUGGUCCCCAAAGGUGUUAAUAUGCAACUACUGACUGACAGACUAGCUCGUGUACCAGGGGUUAGCAGCUUCCAUGAGGUGCAUGUCUGGGAGCUUGCAAGUGGGAAGAAUAUUGCCACCCUUCAUGUCAAGUGCCAAACCCCUUCUGACUACCAAGAUGCUGCUUACAAAAUACGGAAGGUUUUCCACGAGGCAGGAGUCCAUUCCGUGACCAUCCAGCCUGAGUAUGUUGACCACAAGACUUCUCAUCUACUGUGCAGCUCACCCUGCAUCUCAAAAGCUUGUGAUUCUCAGCUGUGCUGCAGCCAGAGGGAGCCCCCCAGGGCUAAAACGAAUGGCUACAUGGAGAAAAGAGAAAGUUGCCUUUCCACACAGCACAAAGACGAUGGUUCAAGGAAAAGUGACAUUGAAAUUCCUGUGGAGGACCCAGUGGCAGAGGAGAGCGUGAGAAACGCGAAAAAUUGUGACGUGUCUGAUGACAAAUCACAGUUGUGUGGUACACGAUUUUAGGCAAUUCCCUCUGCUCUGUGUCAUGUUUUCAUGGAGCAAACAUAUCCUGGUUGGGAAGGGGGGCAUCAGUCAUUGUAGCUGAUGUAGGUGUGGCAAAAAGAUUUCUGUGCUUUAGCUGUAAACCAAAAUACACCUAAACCCCCCUUGUACCUGAAAUAAGGAUUAAGAUUUCCACCAAGGCUGUUGUGUUCAUCUAAGAUUUUUGUGAUGCAGCCUUACCCAGUUCCUUACCAAACUAAGGGUGAAUUCCUGCUGUUAGAGUGGAUGGUGUGUAUCUCUCUGUCUGCACUGAUGUUUGCUGUUCACAGCCAGUGGCACUGGGAGAGAAACUCUGGCCUUUCCUGCUGAAGAGAGCUGUUUCUUAAAAGCUCUGUGGCCAGUUAAUGACUGUACUGGGCUGAAGUACUGUAUAUUUACAAAGGACUUCAGUAGAGAUGCUUUACUGAUCCUUCAACCCCAUUUUUGCAUGGACAGUUCAUUUUUCACAGUAACACUUCUGGCCAGUGGGGUUUGUGAAUGAAAUUAAGAGUAUCUAAGGGGAAGCACUCAGGAAUUUUGACUUGUGUUGUUUUCUUGAUUGACUCCUGUAUUUAGGGACAGAGCAGAAGCUGGUCUUGCUUCUCCACAAACAAUAUUGGAGUCCCAGCUUAAUCAUAGAUGAGUGUGCUAAGGAGUAGGCUGCUUUCAUGAAAGCAAAUAAAUACCUACUAGCAUUGUCUGUAUGGACUCUAGCAAAUGGAAAUGCAGGCAGUCAUCCAAAUAACUAUUAUCUUUUUCACUGCUGUGAUUGUACAACUCAGUCUUUUCAAAUUCUUUUUAUCCUUCUCCUGACAACACAAGUUCUAAGAGCCAUGGUCUUAUUUCAUCAUUGCGCAGGAUGAUUGCAUUAUCUUUGACACUGAGUCUGUCAUUAUUCAUGCUGAAUAAAUAAGCUAAUGUGUUUAUUAUGAACAGUUGAAAAUCUGAAAUUCUAUUAUUAAGGCAUAAUUUAAUAUUGUAUUAAUUAAGGAAGCACCUUUAAAGUCUCAUAUGCAGUAUUAUCACUCAGAGAGAGCUUUAAAAAAAUUAAACCAGGAAAUUUUUCCUGGUUUAGUCUUGAUUAUUUCUUCUCGGCUGGUUUUAAAGGUCUGAACCUUACCCUCUGCCCUGGCUUUCCUCCCCCUGCCCAAAGGUGUCUCUCAAAGCGUAUUUAGUGAAGGAGUUCACUAUCUUUUUGCUGCUUGCUCUUUCUGAAGGUAUGCAGGGGUGCUCUAAGGAAAACAAGGUGAUGUGUGCCCUGUCACCAGUGCUGGAUUUCAGGUGCAUUCCACAGGGUUCUGGGAGAGGAGACUCACUACCCAAUCCACACUGAGUCUAGUGCUUGGUCUCCCUGGCUAUGCAGAUCAGAUCCAGAAGAUUCCAAAUACAUUUUGCUGGCAAAAGCAGCCUUUCAGUGAUCUGUGUGGCCUGGAGAGGCAAUUUCAUCCAUUUAUUCACAAGGACACCUUUGUGAAAUAGAGGUGUCUUUACCUCAGUGACACAUUAACAGAAAGGGAAAAUUGAUUUCCAGCCUGGGCUGGGAAAAUACUGGGACCUCCUUGUAAGGAUGGCUUAAAAACAGCCAACUCCUUAUUAAUAAAGAUGAUUGCAAUAAUUCAAUUGAUAUUAAAACACAGAAUGAUAUUUUACUACUUGGAAUGUGGUAUUUACUGAAGCAGUGAUUCCAGUCUAAAUAGAACGUUUCUGGAAUUGUAAUUACCCCUUUUAAACAAAUUUUUGGGUGAAUUAAGACACUUUAUACUAUUUCACUGUAAGUUUGUAUUAUACAAAUUAACCUAUUUGUUAAUAUAAUUAAGAGCUUGAUCCUCCAGCCUCUUUGAUUCCUUUGGCAGCAGCAGGAUCUUGCUUGGCAGUUAUUGCACCAGCUAAUGUAAAUCAGGAAACAUCAUAAGAAUUGCUCUGUCUUUUACAAGCAUGUGCUGUGAAGUAAGACAGCCCUUUGUUCUGUUCUUUUUUUUCCUCUUUAUUUUCAUCUGUGAUGGUGUUUCGAUGUAAAUGAAAAAUGUAUUUAUUGUGUUUUUGAGAACUGGAAUAGAAAGCUCCCAAAAUAACAACAAAGUCUGUGGGAGAACUUUCUUCACAGAUAUCCUUUAAAACAAGCACCCUUUCAUAAUUAUGCAUUUGUUUCCUAAAUUAGGUAAUUUUAUAUAUAUAUAUACACACACACAUUUUAUUAAAUGGUUGAAAGCUGGAAUGGCAGUAUUUACUCUGGGAUUAAAGAAAACUAGUAUGUGUGAUGUUGGGGCAUUUGUCAAAAUGGGCAAUUUUUAUUCUUCCAGUGUUAAAACCGUGGCUAUGUAUUUUUAAAUUUUUUUAAAAGUGUUGUAAUCUGAAAAUACAAUGAAAUAACAUCCUUAAACUUUUUUUCUUGUCUGGUUGAAUGGACUGUAACUGCUGCUUGUGAAUAAAUGGGAAAAUACUAGGCUUAUAGAAAUCUUCAUAUCUAGAAAACAAACAGAUUUUAAAAUUGCUUUAUUACUUAAGCAAGCAAAACCAACAGAGCUAUGUUAUUUAUGAGCUAAACCUUGCUUUUUUUUUUUUAUGUUGGGACUUUCAGGGUAUUCAACCAAGGUUUCUGACCAACAUCUUUGCCUUCCUUUCAGUAACAAAAUAUUUUUCUCCUGUAGUGUGUGUCCCCUCUCUACUUCUGUGGGAGACUCCAUUCCAAUGAGUGUGUAUUUUGUAUUGGCCUGUUUCCCUUCAGUUCUUGGCAUAUCUCUUCUAAUUCUGUUGAGGCGGGCUUCCCUCAUUUUGAGAUAUAGUAUAUUUCCAUGUUAGCCCUUAUCUAUGGGCAGUUGUUCUAAAUUCAGUUUUGUAGUCUAUUGCACUGUCAUAAAAGCUCUGUUCUGGCCUCUUUAGCUGAAUUGCUUUGUUUGCCUCCCUGACAAAUGCAGGUUGAUUGUGCUGCUCUGUCCCCUUCAACCACUGCCUUGUGAUUGUCUCUCAUGGCUUUCACGUUCUCUUGCAAUGAUUGUCCCUUUCUGUCCAUUGCUGCUGGUGGCAAAGGAAAUCUGCUUAAAUUAUAUGUGACUUUCAACUGGUUGUCCAGCUCCUGUGGAUGUGAUCCAUAGCCAGUCAUACAUGUGACCUAGUAGGAUGAUGAUGAAACCUUUGCUAGGCUUGCCAGAUCAUUCUGGAGUAAAAGUGAAACCUGGAAUAAGUUAACAUGACAUUGAAAGCAAAAGCAAUUUACUGGCCUUCAUCAGUCGUGUGCCUUUUCUUAAAGAGAAUCAAUUCUUUUCACCUUUUCUUGUGUGCCGAAAGUGCCAAUUUGAUUUUUAAUGUUUUCUUCUUCUGUAGCUCUCUAAAUGUAGGCGUUGCCUUUGCUCUUCAUUAUAAAGAAAACUGCUACUAUUUUCAGGAGUAUUGCCUUUGUUUUACCACCUUUUCCUUGUCUUCUUUACAAUACUUACUUUGACUCAUCGUGCAAGUGUGGUUUUUUUCCUCUUAAUGUUCUUUUCAUUGUCUCUUCAAUAAAAGCAGGAUGGUUUUGAUAGUCUGGUCAUGGUGGUGUAUCAACAAUACAGUUUAGAAAUACAUUUUUAUGUGUAAGUUUAAAUUUUGCACUCUAUUAAAAUACACCCACUUUCUGGUUUUGCUAUGUUAAACACACCUUACCACUGCAAACCAAUUUUUGCCCUUUUUUACUUUUUCCUCUUCUUUCCCUCUCCCAUUCCUGGUUAUAUACUCCCUUUUAUUCUGAACUUUGAAGGAACCACACCAGCACCUGAAUUUUUCCCAAAGUGAAGUUCACUAUCCAAGUUCUAUGGAUGGCUUGAAGUGAGUUAAUCCAAGGACUAUUUUGUGUAGUGUGGUCUGUGUAGAAGUGUUAUCUAAGUAGUCAUCCUGAGGUAGGAACACAUGUGUUUAUGUAUAUUUAAAUUCUUUAUGAACACUCUAACUGAAUCAACUUCCUAAGAAAGUUUGAUUUCUAAACGUGGGAAGGUAAAGUGAAAUCAUGAGGGUUCCUUGGUCAUUAACAUCUUGGGGGAAAGCUUAGUGAAAGAUAAUUCAAAAGCUAUGAACAUUCCUAUGGGUUCUACUACUUACUCUGCUGUACAGUGGAAGCACUUUCUAUGUUAAAUACUUUAUUUGAACAGUGAUACCUUGAUGUGAGGAUGUCACUGUAAAAGAUUGUUACAUUUAUGGAGCUGUGUUGCUUAAAAAUUUCCUCCAGUUUUUCUGUUCCUGAUGUGAUUUAAUGUGCCAAAAUGUAAUUUCCAUGAUUGCUGAAUCUCACUGGGGUUUUAUUAACCAUUAGUGAGAAAUGACUUAAGGUUUUAUGUACAGCUAUAUUUUUAUCAAAAUGAAGUUUGAAUGUCUUGUAAAUAAAGUGUAUUUUUAAAUAAA